AUGACCGAUAUUAAACGUAAUUAUUCCCAUGCUUUAGCAUCUCCUUCAGAGGAGGUCGAAGAAGACCUUGUUGACUCCAAAAAGUUCCAUACAAAACCAGGAAGAAAACCUAUUGACACCGAGCCCAAAUCAAAAAGAACGGCUCAGAAUAGAGCUGCACAAAGAGCUUAUAGAGAAAGAAAGGAACGCAAAAUGAAGGAUUUGGAAGACAGAGUCAAAAUGUUGGAGGACGAAAACGUAAAAGCAACUACAGAAACUGAUUUCUUACAUGCUCAAGUGAAUAUAUUGAAGAAUGAAUUGGCAAAGUAUAGAGGAACAACCGAUUUUCUGGAUUUAGAACUACCCCAGACAGUGGGGCAUCUAACCCAUCCACAAUCAAACAAAGAAUACUUUUCACAUCAUCAUCAUCACCACCACAACCACAACCACAACCAAAAACAAAAUUCAGACGCUAUCAUUGAUUCUACUUCUACUGAUACAGCAAAAGAAGCUACGUCCAAUGCUCCACCUACUGAAAGUAAGUCGACUCAAUCUUCUGUUUCUGGACAGUCUCCUCAAUUUUCUGUUUCCGGAAAGUCUCCACAGUCUUCUCGAUUUUCAUUUGGAGCUCCCUGGUCAAAAGAUAAUUUGAAUUUUUUGAAGCAGCAGCAAGGACAAAGACAAAAACAAGGGCAAGGGCAGAGAAACGACUCCAGUACAACAAGACCUAUAGACAACGGAGUUGACGGUCCAUGUCCAGAUUUGGUUUCCGGUUCAUCAACAUCAACUACACCACUCGACGACAAUAUUUUGGUAUCUCCUGAUUCAAUCCCUUCAAGUAGUAACAUUACUUCCAAAAAUAGUAAUUUGGAAUUUGCCCACAAUUUCGAAGAACAAAUAGACCCAUUCUGUAGCAAAUUGAACGAAGCAUGUGGCACUAAAGCCAAUCCUAUACCGAAACAAAGACGCACAAUGAGUGGUGGUGUUGGUAAUAAGAAUACCACUGCAGCAAUUGCUAAUUCGAAAUCAACCUCAAUUUCAGAUAUAACACAUUUCAAUUCACCUUUUUCAAAUGUCUCGCCAAAUAACCAAAACUAUACCUCAGUUUCUGACCAGGUGAACCACGAUCUCACAAGUGAUAUAUUCUUCAAUAACCUUUCUGAUCCAAGUACAGAUUUCAAUUUCAAUUUGAUUGACAAUAAACACGGAGGGUUUGAAUUAUCAGAUCCUUUAAGUUUUCUCAAUGACAAUAAUUUCGAUGCGUCUUUAGCAUUCCAGGAAAGUGUGACCAGUUUGCCCUAUAAAGAACAAGAAGUGGAUCCAAUAUCGUUGCUUACUACAGAAGACUCAGUUUAUGACUUUACUAAUACUAACAACGGAGCAGUAUUGGAUACAUCAGAAAUAAAUACAAACUUUAGCUUUAAUGACUUUAUUAAGAAUUCAUUGCCAGAAAAAAGAGAAUCGGAUAAUAAAACAUCAUCAACAACAACAAGAACAGCAGCAGCGGCAACCUUAACGAAGGUGGGGAAGGAUGAGGAAGAAUAUAGAGAAGAAGAAGAAGAAGAAGAAGAAGAAGAAGAUGAUGAUGAGAACGAUGUUGUACCUGCACCUCAAGAAACCAUGAAAUGCAGCGAAAUAUGGGAUAGAAUAACGGCACAUCCAAGAUAUACUGAACUUGAUAUUGAUGGAUUGUGUGCCGAGUUGAAAAGUAAAGCUAAAUGUUCAGAAAAAGGUGUCGUUAUCAAUACAUCAGAUGUUAAUGAAUUGUUAAGCCGAACUGCUAAGUAG